CGCGCCCGGCCAGCACCUAGCAGCGGGUCUCCCGGCACUUCCGGCGAAGGGAGCCGGGGGGCGCGAGGCGCUCACUGCGCGUGCGCGCGCCGGCUCGGCGCCCCUACCCCUGCGACCCGGACUUGGUACGGCCGGGCGGUUGGCGUCCUCCAGGCGGAGGCGGGCUUUUCAAAUCUUCCCUUCGGAGGAGGAGUGGCGGCGGCCCGGCUGUGUGCGCUGAAGAUGGAGGGGCAGACCCUGAGGGGGCCCGAGCUCGGCCUGGCCGGGUUCCCUGCCCAGCAGGACUGCAGCAUUCAAGAAAAAAUAGACUUAGAAAUUCGAAUACGAGAAGGAAUAUGGAAACUCCUUUCUCUGAGCACUCAAAAAGACCAGAUUUUACAUGCAGUUAAAAAUCUCAUGGUGUGCAAUGCACGAAUAAUGGCUUAUACAUCGGAGCUACAGAAAUUAGAAAAGCCAAUUGCAAAUCAGUCUGGAAGAUGUAAUGUGAAUUUUGAAAAUAAGGAACGAACAGCAUGUAAAGGAAAGAUUGCCAUAUCAGAUAUUCGAAUACCACUAAUGUGGAAAGACUCUGAUCACUUCAGCAAUAAAGAACGAUCUCAACGUUAUGCCAUUUUUUGUGUAUUCAAAAUGGGAGCCAGGGUUUUUGAUACUGACAUGGUGAUUGUGGAUAAAACAAUCACAGAUAUAUGUUUCGAAAAUGUAACCAUAUUUAAUGAAGCAGGGCCAGACUUUCAGAUAAAGGUGGAAGUGUAUAGUUGUAGUACAGAAGAAUCUUCCAUAACCAAUACACCAAAAAAACUAGCUAAGAAACUUAAAACAUCUAUAAGUAAAGCAACAGGAAAGAAAAUAAAUUCAGUGCUUCAAGAAGAGGAUCAUGAAACAUGCCUGCCCUUCAGUUCUACUGUUUUUGGUGUAAAGUAUAAUUUGCUAGCUCAUACUACCCUAACAUUGGAAAGUGCUGAUGAUAAUUUCAAGACCCAUAAUCUGUCUAUUAAUGGAAAUGAAGAGUGUUCAUUUUGGCUUCCCCUAUAUGGCAACAUGUGCUGCCGAUUAGUCGCCCAGCCAGCUUGUAUGGCUGAGGAUGCAUUUUCGGGAUUUCUUAAUCAGCAGCAAAUAGUAGAAGGUCUGAUUAGUUGGAGAAGGCUGUAUUGUGUCUUGAGAGGGGGUAAACUCUAUUGUUUUUACAGUCCAGAAGAAAUUGAAGCUAAAGUGGAACCAACUUUGAUAGUGCCCAUCAAUAAGGAAACCAGAAUUCGGGCAAUGGAUAAGGAUUCCAAGAAAAGAAUCCGUAGUUUCUCUGUCAUCAACCCUGUUGCUGGACAAGCUAUAACUCAGAUUUUUGCAGUUGACGAUAGAGAAGAUAUUCAGAAGUGGAUGGAAGCCUUCUGGCAGCAUUUCUUUGAUCUUAGCCAAUGGAAGCACUGUUGUGAAGAACUUAUGAAAAUUGAGAUUAUGUCACCACGGAAACCACCUUUGUUCUUGACAAAAGAGGCGACCUCAGUCUACCAUGAUAUGAGCAUUGAUUCACCAAUGAAACUUGAAAGUUUAACUGAUAUAAUACAAAAAAAAAUUGAGGAGACAAAUGGACAGUUUCUUAUUGGUCAGCAUGAAGGAUCCUUACCACCUCCUUGGGCCACACUCUUUGAUGGUAAUCAUCAAAUGGUCAUCCAGAAAAAGGUUUUGUCUCCUGCAGGCGAGCAGUUACAUGAUGGGAAAAGGAAAAAGAGACGAGCGCCCCUGCCCCCUUCUGACAAACCUCCAUUCAGCUUAAAAACACAGAGCAAUGCAGAUCAAUUUGUUAAGGACAACUGGGGAAAAACAAGUGUACCUCAGACCUUGACUUUGGAAACCAAACUAUCAACCCUAAUGCAUCACUUACAGAAACCAAUGGCUGCUCCUCGAAAACUGCUUUCUGCCAGGAAAAAUAGUUUAAGUGAUGGUGAGCGCGCAGACACUAAAACCAAUUUUGAAGCCAAGCCAGUGCCAGCUCCAAGGCAGAAAUCCAUCAAAGACAUUUUGGACCCUCGAUCGUGGUUGCAGGCACAAGUAUAGAAAAUCCUUAAUGUAUAAAACAUUUAACAAAAUCUAUAGAUAUGAGGCUUAAUUCUGGGGUAUUAUAAAUAUAGUAAUAUAUAAUUAUAAUAGGUAAUUAUGAUAGUGAUUUACAUCAAUAAUUAGUAAGCUGUUAGAUAUAGAAAAACAUCUUGUAAUGAAGAAAUGGAUUUCUCGUUUACUUCUGAUCUUCAGAAUAUAACUGAUUUCCCCAGCAGAGUGCAAGAGGCAGUUGAUAGACAAUAUCCUAAUUGUUGGAAGGGUUAAUUUAUUCCUAAAUUAGUACCAGGCAGUGAAUAAGCACUAGGCGGAAGAAAGCAUUAAAGUUUCUGUUGGGGAGAGACUGUCUAGUAAUUUAAAAUGUGUUAAAUAUGAGCCAUAUUCUCAUUGUAAGAAUUUUAAUACUAAUGGAAUGUUUCAAAGGUUUUAUUCAAACCACAAAUUAUAGAAUCCACCCAAGAAAAUUUUUUACUUAGCAUUCUGGAAUUCUCAUCUAAUGGUUCACUGGCUCUCCUCUAUUGUUUAACUCACUAGUUUAUAGGCCUGACCUUUUAAAUUCCUGGGAUAAAUUUUGGAAUAUUAAAUUCUUCAUCUUUAAAGGGAAUUUGUAAUGUGCUAUUCAAAGUUGUUUCCUUGAUGAGCCCUGAAAUCCUGUUGACAUUAACUCUCAUAAAUGAAGCAUAACUUUUAUUAGAUUAGAGAAAUGGUAGAUGAAAUGUUCUUUACAUCCAAUUUUCUGUGUGUGGUGCUAAUUUCCAUUGUGACUUUGGAAUUUGAGGAAGUGAGUAGCUGAUUAACACUUUAAAAUUCAUUUAAUACUUAUUUAAAAAGCAGAUGGGAGAUUCAAAAAUAUCAGAAAAGUUGGCCAUGGUAAUAAUUUUCAGAAUUAAUCCUUUUUUUCAAAAUUUUAAUUAGAUUUCCUUUUGCUAGUAAGGAUUGAUGUCUGCUAUUGAUAUUAUUCAUUAAAAGUCAUUCUUACAAUAAUGACAUUGGAAUCAUUUCCAUAGGAGGUAAUUUCCAUAGCAACUAAUCAUAGUGACCCAAACAGGAUUAUAAAAUCAAGUGAGGAAUAAAUAGCAAGGGAAGAAUACCUUAAAGGAACAAAAAAUCCAUUUUUUACAAUAAUACUUGUAAACAGGAGCCGAAUGGUUUUAAAAAUCUGAUCAGUAUUUCCAAAUAAAACAGUUUCCAUAAGGUGUCAGCAAUAGCACUAAAAAUCUCAAAUCACACUGAACCCUAAAUGUCAUUGCAAGAAAUAAAAAUAUAAGAAUUAAAUUACUGCCCUGUAUAUAAUCUCUAGAGAUCUUUUUAAAGCUAGUAAGAACUCUAUUUGGAUCAGAACUGCAUUAUUACAAAAUAAAAUGAACACUUGACCCAAAAAAACAUUAAUUUAAAUGGAGUCUUUCAUUAUUUUUAGAUAGCAGAGUCUUUUUCAUUUAUAGAGAAUGAUGUAACUGCCAGGUCACUUUUGUGUUUGCCCAGGACUCCUAGUAAGAAUUGGAACUUGAGGGAAUAAUGACACAAAAGAUCUCUUGUGACUGGCAACACUAGGACAGACAUAGUAUUUGGUGAAAAGAAAACGCUAUAUGGUUGCCUGAUGGAAUUUAGAGAUAACCACAUGUAUGAAAGCCUGAAAAGGUAGAUUAAUUUAUUUUUUCUAACUAAAAGGCUCUCAUAAAUUUCUGUUGUAAUUGCCAUUUCAGUAAAUGACAUAUUAAAAAUCUAAAGGAUAUUAUCAUUUGAAUUUUUAUUUUUUCAAAUCUCACUGCUGUUUUUUGACAGUGUUUGUGACUGUCAUUGCCACUAAAUUAUUGAGCUAGAAGAUGCUGCAGGCAAAACUGUUUCUGAAACUGGCAUCUAAGCAUUCUUUUUUUUCCUAGUUGGUGCCUUCCUUUAUUACAAACCAGUAUUAAAACUUCCAAAUUAUUAAUAUAUUCUUGUCAUUUCUCCUCAUGCAAAUUAUAGCAGGAAGAAUUUAAGUUGUACAGGAAAAAGAAUUUAUUCAGACAGAAAUUACCUAGCAGUUGUCCCCUCAGAGGCGUAAAGCCCUUCUUCCUAGAACAAUUUAGGUGAAGACUGACCAAGGACCACUCCUCCGCCAAAUUAUUUAGUCUGUUUCUGGGGGCCCAUUUUACUGUAUGUUACAAAGCCUUUGAAAUCAGCCUAGAGUCUUCAGCUGUGCUUUUUUUGACCGUUGUGCUCAUGAAAUGCUAAUUCACCCCUGCCCCAAAUGACAGUUAUAAUAUAAAAUUGAUUUUUCUUUCUUUCUUUUUCCUUCCUUCCUUUCCUUUCUUUCCUAUCUUCCCCUUCCUCCUUUGCCUCUCUCCCUCUUUCUCCUUCUUUCCUUCACAAUUAAAAAAAAUCUAAAAAUACUAAGUUUAACACUAUAUCAAGGAGUUCAUCAGAAGAAGUAUUUGUUUUCACAUUUCCUAAAUCAGAAAUGUAUGACAGAUAUGCUAUGUAAUAUGAAAAAUGUUUCUACUUUUUAUGAGCUGGCUUUUACAUUCCUUGUUUGUCCUUUUGUUUCUUGAUAUAUGCAGACUAUAAAUUUGAAACAAAGAGCUGUCAGAUCUUGAUAAUAUUAUAAUUGGAGAAACGUAAUGGAAUAGAUAUUUUAUGAUAUGAUAAUUCUGAUGAUCUGAAAUAAUGUCUUAGAGACUUAGACAAUUACAUUUAUAUUUCAAGCUCUGGGAUAUAAAUUACUUACAAUAGCAUUAAGAUAGUAUUACUUUUAAUUGCCACAAAGUGAUGUGUUUUUUUUUUUAUUUUCAUAUCUUACAAGGACAAAGGAGGCAUUUUUUUUUAAUUAUAAAUGUACACCUCCUAAGGUAAAUAGUCUUUCAAAAAUAUUGGGCCUGCCAACUCUUGCUGAGUUUUGUUAAAUUCUCCUUAACUAUCUGCAGUGCUCCCUGACUUCUUUUAAAUGGAUGUGAGUAUAUGUGGAAAACUAAAUCCAUUUAUUAUAAAUGCCUUAUCUUUACCCUUUAGGAUCCUAAUAAAUGCAUUUUACCUGGUACUACUUAUUAAAAAUGGAAGCUGUCUUGAAUUAGAGACAACUCAUGUAAGGUAGGUUAAGCAGUCAAAUAUUUCUUUAGGCUUAUGUUCUGCACCUUAGCCACCUACUGAGAAGUUAAUUAAUUCAGUCCAAAAUGAAAUUAUAGGGCAGUUUGGUGCAGUUUAUGUUAAAUGCCAUUUGAAUAUAAUCACCUGUUACAAUGAAUGAGGUACAACCAUACUAGCUAGGGAUAGAGUGGUGCACCAUGACCAAGAAGAGAAAUACUUUUUCAGGAAAAAUACCUGUUCCUGUAGUCCAAAUUUAUCAAAACUCAUUGUCUUUUUAGAAUGAAUUAUUGAGCAGUAACUAAAUUUUAACUGAUAACCAUUUAUAUUCUAGUAGUUACCUUCACUGUUCUGUUAGUCUUAAACUGUAAUAUAUAGAGUUGACAUUUUGCAACAUUUCAAAGGCACUAUUAUCUUUAAAUGUUUACAUGUUUAUAUAUGACUGCUCCAUUGCUAAUAACAGUCAUAUGAAAACUAUUUUAGAUCAUGCAUGUUCUUAGUUAACACUGGGAAGGAUGUGACUUUUUGAGUUGUUAAAAGACAAAUUUUCCUUUGGAAAUACAUUAGGGUGUGUUGUUUUCUGACAUAUUUGUAUAAUUGGCAUUGUAAUUUUUAUUUUUUAAUUAAUGUAGAUCAAACUUUCUGGGUUAAAAUAAAGUAUAUCAUGGACAUAUAUAUUUUUUUAAGUAACAAAGGUAUUUGGUAAGGAAGCCUAAGUCAUGUGAUUAAAACUUCUAUACAUAAAAGAACUGAUUCAUGAAGAUAUUUUCAAACAUUUUUCCUUAUGGUCCCCCCUCUGAGCUAAAUCAAGAGAAGUAGACAGUGUGGUAGAAUUAAUUUAAUCAGAGAAAGACAUACCUAGUAGCUGGUGCUAAUUAUUAUAAGACUAACAUUCUGAUAGCCUUGGUAUAAUUAAUGUUUAUUAAAAUGUUUGCAUGUAAUCUUUCUUAAAGCAUACUCUUUUAAAAAUCCAUUGAUGUAAUCUUACUUUUAGUUUAGUGGUCCAGAAUUUUCCCAGAGUGUAAGUCAAUCUGAUAAUAAAUUAGGUACCCAGGAUAUUCAGUUGCUGUUAACCACAGGGAGACUCCCUGAUUUUAAUGCACCUCCCUCAGUACUUAAUUUAUUCCCAUGGAGCACCUCAGGGAAGGGGGAGAGAAAUGAGCAAUCCUGGCUCAAUUAUAUUAUUUCAACAUUUAUUUCUAAAUCUGUAGUAUGAGCAGAAAUAUUUAA